CCCAUGACGGCCCCGUCAUGCCCGUAGCCGGAGGUUAUUAAUUUGUGAUGCAAAUUUCGCGCUGAACGGCGGCCGCUCCUUAUGAAGCUCGCGCGAACCAUUUCUUGCCUCUUCACCACCUCUUCAGCGACCAGAAAACCCGAGCGAGUAAUCAAGAAUCCAUUUUCCAUCCACUCGAUCAAACAGUUACAUGCACGUCUCAUUAGAACCCAACUCCACGAAGACCCUUGUUCAAUGUCAGACGUUAUAAGAUCUUACGCUUUAUGUUCCUCUCAUCUUCAUAAAGCCCUUCUUGUUUUUAGUCAAAUUCAGCAACCUACACUAUUGAUUUUUAACAACUUGAUCCGCGGUUUGUCAAAAAGUGAACGACCAAAUGAAGCAAUGGAUAUGUACUAUAAUCUAAUGUAUCAUCGAGGAAUAGUUGGCGAUGAUUUGACAUUUAUCUUCUUGUUCAAGGCUUGUUCUCGUAUUAAUGAUGUUUUAAAUGGUCAGAUAUUUCAUGUUCACGCUUUGAAACUUGGGUUUGAAUCCUACCUUUUUAUAUCAAACGCUAUGAUUCGAAUGUAUGGGUCUUUUGGCGAAUUGGAAUGGGCACAGAAGGUGUUCGAUCAAAUGAGGAACAGAGACUUGGUUUCUUGGAACUCUUUGAUCUGUGGUUAUAGUCAGUGUAACAGAUUUAACGAGGUUUUAAGUUUGUUUAAUUCAAUGCAAGAAGCAAAUGUGAAAGCUGAUGCUGUUACGAUGGUAAAAGUUAUAUUAGCUUGUAUCUAUUUGGGUCACGAUGAUAUUGCAGAUUCUAUGGCUAAGUACAUUGAGGAUAAACAUGUGGAUAUUGAUGUUUAUUUAGGCAACACAUUGAUAGAUAUAUAUGGUCGACGUGGUUUAGUGAAUUUGGCGCGGGGCGUUUUUAAUGGGAUGCAAGAAAGAAACGCCGUCUCUUGGAAUGCAAUGAUCACGGGGUAUGUAAAAGUCGGGAAUCUACUUGAUGCUAGGAAACUUUUCUAUGAGAUGCCUGUUAGGAAUGUCAUUUCAUGGACUUGUAUAAUCACAGGUUAUGUUCAAGCUAAUCAAUCUUCUGAUGCAGUGAAGCUUUUUCAAGAUAUGAUGGAAGCUAAUGUGAAACCAGAUGAGAUGACGAUAUCUACUGUGCUUUCUGCUUGUGCUCACUUGGGUUCACUUGAUGUGGGACUGGCAAUUCAUGAAUAUAUUUGUAGAUAUGAUAUAAGAGCAGAUGUUUAUGUGGGGAAUGCGUUAAUAGAUAUGUAUUGCAAAUGUGGGGUUGUUGAGAAAGCACUGGAGGUGUUUCACCAGAUGAAAAAGAGGGAUAGUGUCUCGUGGACAUCAGUAAUAUCAGGCCUUGCUGUUAACGGUUUUGUCAAUCGUGCAUUUGAGAUAUUCUCACUGAUGUUGAGAGAUGGCGUUCAGCCAACUCAUGGAAGCUUCAUGGGGAUAUUACUAGCUUGCACUCAUGCUGGAUUGAUUGAUGAAGGAUUAGAAUAUUUUGAAAGUAUGGAAAAAGUUUAUGGAUUAACACCAGAAAUGAAACAUUAUGGGUGUAUCGUGGAUCUUUUGAGCCGCUCUGGCUACCUAGACAGGGCCUAUGAAUUCAUAAAAGCAAUGCCAGUAGUUCCAGAUGUUGUAGUUUGGAGGAUAUUGUUAAGCGCAUGUAAGCUUCAUGGAAAUGUGGUCCUAGCUGAGAUUGCUACAAACAAGCUUCUCGAACUAGAUCCCUCUAACAGUGUGAAUUAUGUUCUCUUGUCAAAUACUUAUGCUGGUUCUGAUAGAUGGGACGAUGCUUCCAAAGUGAGAGAAUUAAUGGUGGAAGGAGAUGUGCAAAAACCUUCUGGUUGGAGCUCCGUUGAGUUAAAUGGGGCAACAACAAAUAAUUCUCAGGACCAUUCCAUCUAGAAUCCUUAAAAGAGGACCAAGUGGGUGCUAUACUGUAAAUUAUGACACCUUCGUUAUUUUUUCAAUUAGUGCAUGGACAGUGAUGGUAAAUUUGGAUCAGUAUGAGCUUUAGCAUAGGAAAACUGAGUUGAAUCUUACCUUCAUUGGUCUGAAGAUGACGUCAUUUGUGGUUUUGAUCCAAAAGCUGCCGAAAUUUCGAUUCAUCUUAAUGAAAGAAUGCAUAUUGAAUUCUUUGAGGAUAAAUUUCAAUGAAGGUGCCAAGUCCAGCUUGAAAGUGUACAGUUAUUUGAAGAUUGCUGUGUAACACAUGGUCAUACCAAGUGUAAUCUGCAGUUAGCUGGUGGGUUGUGAUAAAAAACAGUCCUAUUGCUUGGAAGUUGAAUCCUACAAAAUGGAAUUAUGAUUUGGGUUUUCUUUGGUGAAGGUGAAAUCUAGGACAACCAGGGACAUUGCAGGAAACAAACAUUCUUAGAUGUUAAAUAUCAGAUGCUUUCAGAAGUUCUUUGACCAUUGAAUGCCGAUCUCCACUGUGCUUUGAACACAAAUCAGUCUGACACAGAAGUGAUUGAUGAUUUAAGGCGGUGAUCUAAGGGCCGUUACCAGUUCCGAUGGCAAUAGUUUGGAGCUUUCAACCACAAGGCAAAUGUUCAAGUUUUGAAUUGGUCACUGGGGCAAGAAUGCUAAAGAUAGUGAAUAGAUCAGCUCUAUAAUAUCUUUUCCGGAUCCCAGCAAUAACUGGGCAUUGAUCCGUUGAGAAAGCUCGACUCAGCAGAAAAUUUUUCAAUAAUUCAUGUCCCUCAUCUUCUGGGUCCACAAUGUGAAUGAGGUUAAAGAAAAAUAUUCCAACUGCUCACACGGUGUUUUUAGCAGCAGGGACCUUUGAUUAAAAGUAAUUGUUCAUAUUUCUAUGAAAAAACUCCAGCUAACCAAUAAACUUAGUUACUGGUUGCUUAAGAUCUUUUAUUGUUUUAUUGUAAUUUCAGCAGCAGAGUGAUACGUGGUCUUCUGGCUGUGUAUCCCGCAUGUUAUGGCUUCAUUAUUAUGCAAUAAAGUUUACUUGCGCCUAAAAAAAGAGAAAUUUCCCUUCACAA